CCUACGUUUGCUAUCUUCGCUUUCUUGGUUAUUCAAUGUUUGUGUUAUUCUUAGUUUAUUUUUCUGUGCUAAAUGAGGUGUAAACAAAAAUAGUAAUUCUACACAAGGAUUACAUUAUGUCUGCAUCAAUAUUACCACAGUUUCCUUCGCAAGAUUUGGCCAAACUUGUUCUUGGGUAUCUUGCAGAGGAGCAACUCAUGACAGCUUAUGAUGAAUUCCUCCAAGCCAGUCCGUACUUAGAUGCAUUGAGGAAUGAAUAUGACAGAAUAUUUAUGACAUCACUCAAAAACAUUUUAGCUGAAUAUAGGGCUGUAAAGAUAUGUGUUGAAACCUGCAAACCACUUCUUUUGAGGAAAAAACUAUUCCAAUUUACUAAUCUACUGGAUAUUGUCAAGUUUCUUAUUAAUAAUAUAGAUGUUCAUAAAAUUCAAAUACAUGAUAGCACAAUAGAUAGAACAGGGCCAGACAAACAAAGUGGAACAACAAAUACAAAACUGGAUAAUAAUUGCCAAAUGUGCAAUACACAAAAACCAAUGAAUUGUGUUUGCAGCAAGAGAAAAAAUAAUAUUACAACCAGUAAAUCUAUUAGUAGUGGUGAUUUGACAUCCCUACAAAGUUCAGUGGAAACUACUCCUUUAUCUGAUUUACCUGGCACUCAUGUUACAAUGAAAAGAAACCAUAAGGUUCUUAAUGAUGUUCCGUCAAUAUCACAAUCAAAUUCAAGUUGUGAACAUGAUAUAAGUUCAAAGCAAGCCACUUUUAUAUAUAAAAAUAUAUCUGAUGCUAGUUAUCCCAUACAAUUAAAUGGUAAAGCAAGUAAUUCUGCGCAGAAUCCUAAUAUUACAGUAAAAGCAACAGAUGUGUUGGAAUCCAGGAAGAAGAUUGAGGAAUUCAAUGACAUUCUCAAUAUAGUUUGUAAUAAAAACAAUUCCAAUACAAAUAAUGUACAAACAGUUAAUAACAUUGACAGAAUAUCUAAUGCUGGCACUUUCCAAGAAUUUGCAACUGGUGUAAAUAGUGGUGAUAAUAAUAGCGUCAAUGUACCUGAUUCAAGUACUUCCGAUAAUAUAAAUAUGCAGCAAGUUCCUGUAAGCAAUGACUUGAAUACUCUGAAGCUGAAUAUUGAUACUGACAAUUUAUCAAGACACAGUACUAAAACACAGUAUUUGUUAAAAAUAGCUAGCGUUAAAGAUGCAGCUGUUCCAAAAUUAGACGACGUGAUUGAUGUUGAAAAAUUUAACAGUAGUCCAUAUUCACGACUCAAACCUAAGAGCGACGAUAGUAGAAUCAAGAUUAUUUCAGACAUAAAAGUGGACAACGAGACCUUAAGUAAUAGUAGCAUGAAAAUGCCCCCAGUUUUGCAAAAUGCCACUUCUACACCUUUAUUACAAAUGCGAACUAUCGUUAUAAACGGUACAUCAGCUUAUAAGUCUAAAACACAUUUUGGAAAUCCUACGCCACAAGAAAGACUUAAUUACACUAAAGAUGAGAUUAUGGCAAUGCCUACAAUCAUUAUAGCACCAGUCUCAGGAACUACACAAAAUCAUAUGAAUAUUCAACCACAAUCUAUAAUUCCACAGAAGAUAAAUAAUACAGCAUCAGUGAAUAAUGUUCCUGUUCAAUCUUUACCACCCUUAACAAUAGAUGUGUCAUCAAGUAAUACUGCACCAAUUUCAGAAUCAACAACGUCAUCUUCUAUUUUACACUUACCAGUAGUUAAUCCACGGGCAGCAUGUAGUGCAUCAUCUCUUAUUAAAGCAAUAGAUGGAACUAGUGCUUCAGUACCAAAAGAUAGUGUUAUUGCAUGUUCGACUGAAACUGGUACACCCCAAGGUUUACCACCGGUAAGAAAGUCAUCAUCAACACCACGAAGAACGUCUCAUGUCCGAGUAUUGGAUUUCACGACACCACGACGAAUAUUACAUGAAACAAUAAAAGAGUGUGAAUCAAAUGAGGCUAAAGUAAAUGAAGAUAUAGUACUUAGUCAUAGUCCAAAUAUUACAAUUUUAAGUACUAAAGAAGUUGUAAAUGCAAUUAAUGAUAAUAAAGAGACAAAGAUCAGUCAAAUUGAAUCAUCUAAGGAAAAUUCCACAAAAAAAACAAUAUUAAAGAAGAAUUGGGACGCUGACUUGCGAUCGCUGUUAACUAAUGAUAAAAAUGAUUUUGAAAUGUCAAAUACACAUAUAAAGGCAAAGCCAAAGUCUAAUAAAAAGAAAAAAGCGGAAAGUCAGGCUAAAAAAGAUAAUACUGAUAAAACAAAUCAACAGUCCAAGAAAAAGUCUAAACAAAAAAAUAAUAAAAUAACUUCCAGUUCUAAACUGGAAACAAGUGAUAGUAAAAGUUUGGAAAAGGUAGAUUGUAUACUUAAACCUACAAUAAAUAUUGUAUCUGCUAUUGACAAGGGUAUGUCUAAUCAUGGAAAUGAUAAAAAUCAAAAUAAAUCUAAUGAAGAACAUGAUACUCCUGAAUUGGAAAGAAUAUCGUUGCAAAAUGUCAUAUGUUCUCGACUUAAUAUAUCAGAUCUGUUAGAAACUCCUUACAAACAGGCUCUCUAUGAUAUUCAGAUGGAAACUCCUAGAUUUUUAGGUCCCGAUUUGCCAGAUGAACCUAUGUCGGAUAUUAAAAUCAUGAAUAUACCUACACCUAGAUUUUUGAACAUUUCAAAAGGUGUAGAUGCUACUCCUUCCUCUUAUUCGUCACGUCCUACCGACUAUUCAAGUGGUGGAUCUUAUUACAAACCAGACGAUCAGGAUUAUAUGCCUAAUCUAAAGAGUUUAGGAUAUUCAGGCACAUCAUCAAAAGAAAACUUAAGUAUAGAUUCGCCAGUUAAAAGUGAUGGAGACGUUAAAGAAAAUACAGAUAGAACAAGGUCGUCUAGACCAGUGCGGCAGUGCACUAAAAAUGUAUCUUACUAUAAUUCCAACUUGAAUAAAACGAAAGAUGAAAAGGCUAAAGAAGAUAAAAACGUAGGAGAUACAUCUAGUGAUAUAGGGAAUGAUAAUGAUUGUGAUAAAAAAAGCAAUAAAGAAAAUACUUCAAAAGUACUUCAAGAGAACACAUCACUGACAAAAACUAAGUCUAUUAAAAAGAAAAAACCCAGUGCGAAAAAUCAUAAAACACCAAAGAUAGAGGUAUCGAAGUCCUUUAUGAGGAUAAAACCAAGACGACCCACGCCGACAAAAGUUUUUAGUGAAAGAAAAAGUAGAAAGAAAACAUUCGAAUGCUCUGAGCUUCUCACAUCAAAGUCUCAGACACGAAAACGAACAUCGAGUAAAGAAAAAAAUAACCACUUGGCACCAGCAGCUAUAAUUGUGCCUACUAAAUCCCGAAGAAAGUCUUCUACACCUAGAAAACUUCCUUGUACUAAAUCAUUUCAUUCUGAGAGUUCUGGUCAUGAUUCUCCAGAUUUAAUUGGUGUUCCUAAACAAAAUUCGGGACGGGAUUCAAAAGUUUUAGGUUUACUUGAUUCUGAUAUGGAGCGCCUUGGCAAUGGUAAUACACCUCCACUUAGAUGGUCUGAUGAUGGAUCCCAAGAUGUAAAACCAAAAGAAAUUGCUCCGAAUGAUAUUGAAGAUAUAACAAAAAUACAGAAAUAUAUAGAAACUACUGUAUCUGGUAAUACAUGUCUCAGUGAAAGCGAAAGUUUGCAAAGUGAUUUAGUGAAAAGGGGAUUUGAUGUUGAAACAGCAAAGAUUAUAGAGCGGGACUUGUUAGAUACACCCCCCUAUUCCAAGCAAGAAUGCACAUUGUCUUUAAAAUCUUCUAUGCCCUUUGGGUCGACCAAUGAGGAAACAAUAUUAGACAAAACAGUUACAUCUGAAAAUAGUGCAUCAAAUAAUAAUUUGCAAAUAGCUCAAGAGGAGCCAGAUGACUACGAAGAAGAAAUAGAACUAUCAGUGUGGGAAUGUAAUGAAGAGAGUACAAAUUAUUUUAUGUGUCAUCAUGAUUUUAGCAAAGAUGUGACAAGAACUGAGCCAAUAAAAUUAAAAGAUAAAUUUACCAUGGAGGUAUGCAUAGAUGAUGGCAUUUUGAUUAGAUUAAAAGCUACUCCUUUUAGUACGCUUCUGGAUUUGGAUCCAAAAAGUGAUUCACAUAAUGAAGAAGAAGUAGGCACAUCAGUUUCUAAAUAUGAAAGUCUCUACACACCGUUAAAGCAAUCAGUAAAAGCGCAAUGUUAUGAUAUAUUUGACUCUACAUUAACAAGUCUAGACACGCCUCUAAAAGCUGCUACUCCAAAACAAUCAAAUCCUGAAUAUACUGUAACAGAAAUAGUAUUGGAGGUUGAAAAAGUUGAUGACAAAGAAAAGUUUGAAUCAAAAAAACGAAAAAGAUUACAAAGUGAAAAUACAUCUGAUGAAUCUGUAUCUGACAGUAAGAGAUCUAAGUCAGAUGCUCAGUAUUUAUUCAAUUCAGCAAACAUACAAAAUAUAGAUAUUGAGUCUGUUCUAAGUAAGUUACACGGACCGUAGCAAUAAUACAAUCUUCAGGGAAACCUGGGUGAAAGUUUGUAUGAUCGUGUUGUUUAUUAUUGAGCGUAAUUAUAUCAUAAUUGAUGCGUAUACAAAAUGUAAAAUGUUUUUGUUGGACAAAUUUAUUCAUCAAAACAUUUCAUAUGUUGUCAUACAAUUUAUAAUCAAGUUAAGUUUAAUAUUAGCUUUAGUUUUGUAAUAUAGUUUUUUUAAUUAAUAGGUAAUGCCAAAAAAUUAUUCGCUACAAAGUUAUUUAUUUUACUCGUAAAGAGAUUAUGCUUGUUGUACUAAAAUAUUUGUAAUUUCAAGUUUAUACAUUGGUUUUGCAUUUAUUGUAGUUGUUUGUGUUUAAUGUUGUUAACGGUUUAAUGCAGUACAUAAUACGCCCUCCUCGAGACCUGUAAUUCCGUACAUUCCUUAAGAAUUGCGGAUUCUAAGAUGACGGGCUAUUAGAAUAGAUCUCAAUAAUAUCGAUUGUUCACAAUAAAUUACCGGUAUAGUUAUUUCUGUAAAUAGAAUAUUAGGAUUAGUAGUAAUGCUAGAAAUAAGUAAAUUAGUGGCCAUAAGUGACCUAUGUUGAAUAAUUUAUAUUGUAAUUGUCUUAUUAUAGUUGUACAGUGUUGCUUGUGUUAAACACAAGACGAUUCGGUUGUUCUAAGUAGAGUUGAAUUGAAUACGAGUUGUAUUAUGAAAGAGGCAACAAGUGUUCGUAGCUCUAUAGUCUACGACUACGUUCAAUUUAGUUUUGUUCUUUUAGAGUACAAUAAAAUAAUGUAAUUAGUGACGAAAUACAAAAUGAAUACAUUGCUUGUGUAUAAUUAUAUUAUAAAAAGCUGCGAAACAGCGUUCGUCAUUGUUAUCAAUAAUUCGGAACUUGCUUUAAAGAGUAUGUUUAUUGUUAUAAAAUAUACCGAUCCGAGAUAGGAUUGAUCUGACAGUCUGAAAUAAUAAUGUAAUAUUUAUUGUUCGAAAAAACCAAAAGUAUCUUCAUAGAUAUAUAUUCAUAUAUUAUGUAUAUUAUUCUGGCGUAAAAUCGAGGCAGACACGGUGAUUAAUGAUACCUUAUCAAACAAUUUUUAGUACGUUUUUGCAUAACUGCUCUUAGUCGAAGCAAUAA